AUGAGUUUUCAAUAUUCAUUAACUAAAACUUGGACAUUAUUACGCUAUGCUGUUGAAAUUAAUCCCAAUUCACCUUUAUCAAGUCCAAAUUCAACAUCAUCGAAUGAGCGACAACAACCACAACGUCAAACAAUUGAUUGUUCAGAAGGAUAUCUUAGUUUAAAUUUAUCUAAAACUCAACAAUUGUACGUUAUUCGUGAUGAAACAGAAAAAAUCGAAUGUGUAGAUUUAUUAUCUUCUGAUCCAUCUUCAAUAUUUGCAACUUAUACUGGUGAUAGUCUUUUAAUCAGUUAUCUUAUUCCAAAUGAUAAUAUUCAACGUAAAUUUUUAAUAAAAUUUGCUUCAACUGCAAGCCAAAAUGGUCGUCAACAUUGUGAAGAAUGUGUAAGAUUACUUUCACGUUCAAUUAAUAUUACACAUUUUGAUUCAAUAUCCUUGUCAUCAAUAACAAAUUCUAUUGAAAAACCAAAUUCAAUUGUAUCAAUUUCGGAUAUGAUAAAAUCAUUAAUGGGUGAUAAUGCAAUAAAAUUAUCUAAAUAUUAUAAUCAAGAAUUAGCUUUUGAUAAUAAUCAAACAGAUGAUUUUUUAGAAAAAUAUUUAUGUGAUGAAACAUUUCCUGAUUUUGUUGCUAAUGUUGCAUCUAUACUUGAUACGAUGAAAGAGACUUAG